UGAUGACCGGAUGCAAGAGCAAGAGCGACAUUGUUGCUUUUCCUCUAUACAACAAGGUUUAGGCAGGAAGAGCAGCAAUACCUGGUACUCAGCUCGCCUGUUAUAAAACACUGUCAGUGCAUGAUGGGAGUUGUAGUAUAGUAACCACUGGGGAGCCACAAGUUAAACUACAACCCCCCCAUAUCAGACAACGGGGGCAGAUAUGUGGUUAUCGUCUAUAGGUCCACGCCGUGCCCCCUGCGCUCGGACCCUCGUGUCGAUGCCAGGACUCCGCAUUUAUAAUAAUCCAGUGAUGCUGGAAAUCCCCCCCCCGGAGCGGGCGCAGGGCCAGAGGGGGAAUAUUAUGGACUAUCUGAGGUAUGAGGUCACAUGAUCACAGGACGCCAUCACGUCUCAGCACUGAAACUUUCCACAGCUGCCGGAGAGAUGCUGCAGGCGGCUAAAUAUAUCCGAGGGGUCGGGGGGGUCUGUGAUCUGCCGGGACGGCACUAUAUAAACCCUGAUGGAGGGAGAUGUGCAAUACAGAGCAUUGUGCUGCAGCGUCGCAUCGUAUCCUCCUGUACCGCUCUGCGCGCUCACCCGUCCUGCUCUGCGCACCCACCCGUCCUGCUCUGGGCCCGUCCUGGUCUGGGUACCCACCCGUCCUGCUCUGCGCACCCACCUGUCCCGGCGUCCGGUUCCCUUUCGGAUAAAUUCAAUGAACCUGCAAUCAUCGUCGGCCUUCCGCUCGGAGCACAGCUUUAAGAAGACUUCGUCCUCCUCAUCCUCCUCCGGUGCGCAGCCCCGGGAACCAUUCAUGGACAAGACUUUGGGCAUCUUCUCUGAGGAUUUCGGCAAAUUCAGGAGACCCCACGAACCCCUGGGCUUCACAGGCAAGUUUUUCUCUCCAUUUCGUCCUGCAGGGGGCACCGCCCAGAAUGUGAAGACCUUGGGAAACACUUAUCAGUUUGAAGUAGAUGUCAGAGAUUUCUCCCCGGAGGACAUUAUUGUCACCACGUCCAACAACCAGAUCGAGGUCCACGCCGAGAAGUUGGCCACAGAUGGGACCAUCAUGAACACCUUCACUCACAAAUGCCAGCUUCCCGAAGAUGUCGACCCCACCACGGUGACCUCCGCCCUGGGAGAGAACGGCAUGCUGACGGUCAAGGCCGAGAGGAGUCCCAACAAGCACACGGACCACCAAACCUUCCGGACUGAGAUUAAAAUAUAGAGACACGAGGAGGAGGGGGGCGCCAGAGGCCUCAUCACUGCGCCCCACCAUGUCCCUGCAUUAGUCUACACGCCCACCAGUGGUUCUGACGCACACAUAGGUGGCGCUAGUGAGGCUUCCACUUGUGCUGUGGACAUUCCAGGAGAUUGUAGAUUCGUAGGUUCUUUAAAGGGGUACUCCGCUGGAAAACAUUUUUUUUUUUUUUUUUAGUUUAAAUCAACUGGUGCCAGAAAGUCAAACAGAUUUGUAAAUGAUUUCUAUUAAAUAAUCUUAAUCCUUCCAGUACUUAUCAGCUGCUAUAUGCUCCACAGGAAGUUGACACCUGUCCAGAGCAGAAUAGGAUUGCAAUGGGAUUUGCUCCUGUUCUGGACAGUUCCAGACAUGGACAGAGGUGUCAGCAGAGAGCACUGUGGUCAGACAGAAAGGAAAUUGAAUAAGAAAAGAACUUCCUGUGGAGCAUACAGCAGCUCAUAAGUACUAGAAGGGUUAAGAUUUUUUAAUAGAAGUCAUUUACAAAUCUGUUUAACUUUCUGGCACCAGUUGAUUAAAAAAAAUAAUAAUAAUAAUAAAAAAAAAGUUUUCCAGCGGAGUACCCCUUUAAGUGUUGACACAUAAUAGGGAGCACAGGAAAUGAUAGGUUCAGAUCAGGGGUCCCCAAUACUGAGCUGAUUGUGGGGGUCUUAUUACUGAGACCCUCACAAUGAGCUGGUGCUGUGUACUGACUAUUAUAUGCCACCCUGGAUAAUACGGGGGCUGUGACCCCCCAAUUAAUAGUCCCUACAGUAUAUACAGUGCCGUGAAUAUUGGGGGGUGUCUGCUAUCAGUAGUAACAGAAUGUCUUCUGAAAGUGAAUGGGUUAAUCAGAGAGACACGUAGAGAUGCAGGGUCUCACGCCGGGCCCCUCAGCCUGGUAGUGGCCCCAGAGUGAUGACGUGGCAGUGGGCGGAGCUCCAUCACUAUAGUAAUAGGAUGUUAUAAUAGGUUAUUAGAAGAUAUUGGGGUGGGGGAUAGAAGAUCUUAGAGUCCCCGGAGAUGUCAAUCACCAAAUGUAAAGAGGAUUUCCCUAUAAUACAGGGGUCGGGGGUCCACUAGGAGGGUCCGCGAUCUGCCGCCUCCGUCACCGCGCUCUCUUGUAUAUAGAUUGUAUUGUUGUUCUUGUUAAAUACUUUGUAUCACU